GGUCUGCAGUCCACUUCUCGGCUUUUUUACUCACUCUCUCUCAUUAAUUACAACUUCACUGCUGCUUUAUCUCUCUUAGUUCACUUUAGCUCUCUUUUGCGUGCCACAUUUCGGGAAAAAUGAAUGGUCACGCCAGAUUUUCAUGUACAGUUGUACAAUAUGUAUGUAUAGUCUGUAUAGCUUGCUUUCUUUAAACCCUAUAACAAAAAAAGUCCAAGUGUGGUUCAACUGUCUUGCUUUCUUGCUGGGCUCACUCUACUCCACCAGAUCUACAAACUUUUGAGACUUGAAAACUGAGCUGAAUAUUGGUGAUCUCAAGCCCAUUUUGAAUUCUAGACUUCUAGCCUACUGGAGCUUGGCUGUGUUGAACCAAAAUGGAGGUUCCAAUGGUGCAAUCUUCUGGAGAUUCAAUGGAAAUGCUCCAGAAUACAUUACAGAAUCACUCUUCGGCUGAAGAUUCUGUGGAUAAGAUACAUAGUCAAGAGUUAUCAAAAGAACCUUCCACUGAGAGUGGGAAGAAAGUGUCAAGGGGUUCAAGACUGAAUUCCAAAACAACAUCAAAGGGUGCUUCUAAUAUUGGUGUGGUUGCAAAAAAGAAAAUAGAUACUAAGAGUGGUACCUAUACAAAUUCGAGUGGUACCAAAUCAACUUUAACCAAACCAACUAUGAGCAGUGCCUUGCACAAUUCGGGAUCGGCUCCAGUGACUAGAAGGAUCAGCACUGGAGGUUUACCUGAAAAGCAGACUAUUUCACUUACAAAACGUCCGGGCAGUGGGGUUAAUUCUGCUGUGGGUAAGAAGACGAGUUCUUUAGCAUCAGAACCUCUAAGAAAAUCUCUUCCGGAAAUGCGGAGGAGCUCAAUGCCUUCUCUUGGUGCUAAUCCUUCAAACAGGACGAGCAUUCCAAAAACACAAAGGUCGUUUCCUGCUUCACCUUCGCCUGUUUCUAAAACACUUACAACAUCAACCAAUUCUGAUGCUAGCAAACAAGAAUUUAAUCGAAGGACUUCAUUGAGAUCCUCUCCUUCUUCGGUCUCUUCGAAAAGGAUUGCUUCUUCAUCAAUGGAUAGCACUGGCAGCAGCAGUUCAGUUAGAAAGUCUGUUUCAAAGGUUUCUUCCCCUUCCAAUCGAGUCUCCAGUGUGACCAAGGCUGGGGUUUUGUCAACAUCUGGCCGUAAGAAAGUGGGAACUCCUGAAAAUCGUGAUUCGCAUCUCAUUGUGCUUCCUCAAGUGGAGGUCAGAGCUGGUGAUGACAUGAGGUUGGAUCUUCGGGGUCACAAGAUACGCAGCCUGAACAGUGGUGGAUUGAACUUGUCAACAAAUCUAGAGUUUGUUUAUCUCAGAGACAAUCUCCUGUCUACACUGGAUGGCAUUGAAGUUUUAAAUCGGGUGAAGGUUCUUGAUUUGAGCUUCAACAACUUUAAAGGACCUGGUUUUGAACCACUCGAGAAUUGCAAAGCACUACAGCAACUCUAUCUUGCUGGAAACCAAAUCACAUCACUGACGAGCCUUCCCGAGCUUCCAAACUUGGAGUUUCUCUCUGUUGCCCAGAAUAAGUUAAAGUCCCUUUCAAUGUCGAGUCAACCUCGUUUACAGGUAUUAGCUGCUAGCAAGAAUAAAAUAUCAACAUUGAAAGGCUUCCCAUAUCUACCAGCGCUUGAGAGUUUACGCAUGGAGGAGAAUCCCAUUCUUAAGAUGCCUCAUCUAGAAGCUGCUUCCAUCUUGCUGGUUGGCCCAACUUUAAAAAAAUUCAAUGACAAGGAUCUUUCGCGUGAGGAGAUAGCAGCUGCCAAGCGGUAUCCCGCUCAUACUGCCUUGUGCAUUCGUGGUGGUUGGGAUCUUUGCCGUCCUGACCAGGCCAUAGAUUCAACAUUUAAGUUUCUGCUGGAACAAUGGAGAGAACAACUUCCUCCUGGAUACCUGCUUAAAGAAGCAUUCACUGACCAACCAUUUGAGGGAGAUGCUUGUUUUUGCCACUUUGAGUUCCUCAGAGACAAUACUGAGAGUAGCGUUCCUGAAUUAAACUUGAAAUACCAGUGGUUUAUAGGAGAGACGACUCCAUCAAAUUUUACAGCAAUACCUGGUGCAAGUGCAGAGAUCUACUUUCCGAAGCAUGAUGACAUUGGAAGAAUUUUGAAAGUGGAAUGCACACCUGUGCUUGGAGAGACUGAAUAUCCUACAAUAUUUGCCAUAUCUUCACCGGUUUCUCCAGGCACUCGAAUCCCCAAGGUCUUAAAGAUCGAUAUGCAUGGGGAGCUGGUGCAGGGAAACACAAUCAAAGGCUAUGUGGAGGUUGCAUGGUGUGGGGGGAAUCCAGGGAAAGGUGUUGCAAGUUGGCUAAGGAAAAGAUGGAAUAGCAGCUCUGUGGUAAUUGCUGGUGCAGAAGAUGAGGAAUAUCGGUUGACUCUAGAUGAUGUUGACUCAUGUUUGGUCUAUAUGUACACCCCUGUAACUGAAGAAGGUGCCAAAGGGGAACCUCAAUAUUCAAUCACUGAUUAUGUAAAAGCAGCUCCUCCUUCAGUGGACAAUGUACAAAUUACCGGAGAUGCUGUCGAAGGAAGUAUCAUUAGAGGAGUAGGGGACUAUUUUGGAGGAAAAGAAGGCCCCAGCAAGUUUGAGUGGUGUCGUGAGGAUAAGGACACUGGAGAAUUUUCUUUGGUGUUAACUGGUACAAAUGAGUAUAAUGUAACUAAAGAUGAUAUUGGACGACGAUUGACUUUUGUUUAUAUACCCAUGAACUUUGAAGGACAGGAAGGAAAGUCUAUGACAAUAAUGUCUCAGAUAGUUAAGCCAGCUCCCCCGAAAGUAACAAAUGUGAAAAUAAUUGGUGAAUUAAAGGAAGGAAGUAAGGUUACUGUGACUGGUAUUGUCACUGGAGGAACUGAAGCAUCCAGCAGAGUUCAGUGGUUUAAAACAAGUUCUUCUACCUUUGAGGUUGAAAAGAAUCUUGAAGUGUUAAGUGCGUCAAAAAUUGCUAAAGCAUUUCGUAUACCUUUAGGAGCUGUUGGCUAUUACAUUGUUGCAAAAUUUAUCCCAAUGACUCCAGAUGGUGAAGCUGGUGAGCCGGCUUAUGCGAUAUCUGAAACAGUAAUUGAGAAUCUUCCACCCAGCCUAAAUUUUUUGUCUAUAACUGGUGAUUACUCAGAAGGUGAAAUGUUGACUGCAUCAUAUGGAUACAUAGGGGGUCAUGAAGGGAAGAGUAUCUAUAAUUGGUAUCUUCAUGAGGUUGAGAAUGACCCUGGUGCUCUAAUACCUGAUGUCUCAGGUCUUCUUCAAUAUCGUAUCACAAAAAAUGCCAUUGGUAAAUUCGUAUCUUUUACUUGUAACCCAGUACGCAGUGAUGGAAUCAUAGGUGAGCCAAGAACUGUCAUGGGACAAGGACGUGUACGGCCAGGAAGCCCGAGAUUGCUUACUCUACAAAUUAUUGGAACUGCUGUCGAAGGCACUACUCUCGAUGUAGAAAAAAAAUAUUGGGGAGGUGAAGAAGGAGAAUCCAUUUACCGCUGGUUCCGGACUAGUUCAGAUGGAACCCACAUUGAAAUUAUUGGUGCCACUGCUUCGUCAUACAUGCUUUCUGUAGCUGAUAUUGGCUACUUCAUAUCAGUGUCCUGUGAACCUGUUCGAAGUGAUUGGGCUCGCGGCCCUAUUGUCCUUUCUGAACAAGUUGGACCAAUUAUGCCAGGACUACCAACAUGUCAUUCACUUGAAUUUCUUGGUUCCUUGGUUGAAGGAACACGUUUAAGCUUCAUUGCUUCUUAUAGUGGAGGGACGCAGGGAGAUUGCUUGUACGAGUGGUUGAGCGUGAAGGGCAAUGGUCAGAAGGAUAAACUUACUGUUGACGGUUAACUUGAAACUCUUUCCCCUAUUCCAAGUCUUAUUUUAUCUUAUUUUAUUUUAUGUACCAGUCUAUUGAGCACUUUGAAUUUGCAUCUAAAAAUUGCACUUAAUAUUUCAGAAUUGCCUAGAAUUGAGAUGCUAGCUCUUACGGGCAAGGCUGUUGAGGGAGAAGUAUUGACUGCUGUUGAAGUUAUUCCAGAGAGUGAAAGUCAACAGCAUGUUUGGGGAAAGUACAAGAAAGAAGUCAAAUACCAGUGGUUUUACUCAUGUGAACCUGGAAACAACCAAUCCUUUGAGCCAUUCCUGUCACAAUAUUCUUGCUCCUAUAAGGUGCGAUUUGAGGACAUUGGCCGCUAUCUGAAGUGUGAAUGCAUUGUCACUGAUGUGUUUGGAAGAUUGAGUGAACCGGCAUGUGCAGAAACUACUGUGAUUUUACCAGGACUACCUAGAAUGGGUAAGCUGGAAAUUGAAGGCCGAGGUUUCCACACCAAUUUAUAUGCCGUCCGUGGCAUUUAUAGUGGUGGAAAGGAGGGCAAAAGUAGAAUCCAGUGGCUUAGAUCAAUGGUUGGAAGCCCUGAUCUCAUCUCCAUUCCUGGGGAGACAGGAAGAAUGUACGAGGCUAAUGUUGAUGAUGUAGGCUACAGAUUGGUUGCACUUUAUACGCCAGUAAGAGAGGAUGGAGUUGAGGGGCAACCAGUUUCUGUAUCUACAGAGCUAAUUGCAGUUGAGCCUGAUGUUCUUAAAGAAGUGAAGCAGAAGCUUGAUCUUGGAUCUGUGAAAUUUGAGACACUGUGCGACAAGGAUCGAUCUUCUAGAAAGAUUCCUGGAGUUGGACCUCUGGAGAGAAGAAUUCUUGAAGUCAAUAGAAAGAGGAUCAAAGUUGUGAAGCCGGGGUCUAAAACUUCAUUCCCAACAACAGAAAUUCGUGGAACUUACGCUCCUCCUUUUCAUGUGGAGCUUUUCAGAAACGACCAACAUCGUCUUAAAAUUGUUGUAGACGGUGAAAACGAAGUGGACUUAAUGGUGCAGACGAGGCACCUGCGUGAUGUCAUUGUCCUAGUUAUCCGAGGCCUUGCACAACGAUUCAACAGUACAUCACUUAAUACUCUCCUCAAAAUAGAUACAUAACCUCGUGCAAAGCAAGUGUAAAAUCGUCCAUAGUCGUUGAGUGUUUCAAGGUUUUGCUUUGUGCCAGUUACCUUUCCGUUUCCCUUUUUAUUUCUGGGGGAGGCAAUUCUGUUUCCGCAUGUUUAAAGUUUUUGAGUAGCUUGUAAGAAGUGAUUUAUCAACAUGUUAUAUUAUAUUGAUUGUAAUUUAUAGAAAUCUGUCAUGUCGUGAGAUUCUUGUACUUGAACACAAAGUAUAGUGUAAUGUCUUGUGUUGUA